AUGUUUCUCAGUCAUCUCUGCCUGCUUGUUCUCUCCGCGGUGGCCUCUGCCCACAGCGACCAGACUCCCUUGGCUGGACCGCACCAGAGACUGUGGUACGACACCCUUCCCGGAGAUGGAGGCACCCAGGCGGACUCGGUCUUCUCGGGAAUCACGACCUUUGGCCGUCUGCCGUACUUCCCCUGCCUUUCCAGCGAGGCCGAGAGAUACGACAUUGCAUUCAUAGGCGCCCCGUUUGACACAGGAACCUCAUACCGUCCCGGUGCUAGAUUCGGGCCCAGCGGCAUCAGACAAGGAUCUCGUCGUCUCAACCUUUAUGGUGGGUAUAAUGUGCCUCUGCAAGCCAACCCCUUCGUCAGCGAUCUGAAGAUUCUGGACUGUGGCGAUAUCCCAGUCACCUCAUAUGACAACGCCUGGGCGAUUCAACAGAUCGAAGAAGGCCACAACAGUGUCUUAAUGCGCAAACCAUUCACCAAUGCGGACGAGUACGGGCUCUCCAAAGCCGGCAAGACCCUGCCUCGCGUCAUCACGCUGGGUGGAGAUCACACCAUCACGCUGCCCCUGCUGCGCAGUAUCAACAGAGCCUAUGGACCUGUAACGGUCAUCCACUUCGACAGCCACCUGGACUCUUGGAAACCCAAAGUCUUCGGCGGUUCACCCAGCCAGGUUGCGGCGAUCAACCACGGGACUUACUUCUACCACGCCGCGAUGGAAGGGCUCCUGAAGAACGACACCAACAUCCACGCGGGUAUUCGUACCACUCUCUCCGGACCUUCAGACUAUGAGAACGACGGAUACUGUGGGUUUGAAAUCGUCGAGGCUAGAGAGAUCGACACAAUCGGAACCGACGGAAUCAUCAAGAAGAUCAGGGAUCGCGUUGGGGCCGAGAACCCUGUUUAUCUGUCGAUCGAUAUCGAUACCCUGGAUCCUGCGUAUGCUCCGGCAACCGGGACACCCGAGACAGGCGGGUGGUCGACGCGGGAGCUCCGGACUAUUGUUCGCGGAUUGGAUGGCUUGAACUUCAUCGGGGCGGAUAUCGUGGAGGUUGCGCCGGCGUAUGAUACCAAUGCUGAGCUCUCUACCAUGGCCGCUGCCGACGUCCUGUACGAGGUUCUGACAAUUAUGGUCAAGAAGGGUCCAUUGUCUGUUGAUCGGUCGGAUGAGUUGUAGGGGUCAGUAAGGGCCAUGCGUUAAACGGUGGCUGGAUUGUUAGCUUCUGGGAACUGGAGGGAGGUAUCUAUAUGAUGGAAAGACACGGCAGAGCAAAAAGGAUUGUGGACAGGGUCCGAUUGCACUAGGUUAGUUGACUAUUGAUGAAAAAUCAACAAUGAAGGAGAG